CGGUGUUGUCGCUGGGUUGAAUUUCUGUCGGCGGACACUAUUUCACCCGAACCUCCUUAAAGCAGCUUUGUAUCUUUGAUUUCGCUUUUAUGAACCACGUCUAAGUGUUCCUAGCUCCAAGGCAGUGUGUAUUAAGGGCACUUUUAGGUGGGUCUCGGCGAUGUUCGCGGUUCUUUUGUGUUUGUUGUGUUUGCUGAACAUUACCGGCCCGGUUCUCGGCUACUUUCCCGAAGAGCGCUGGAGUCCUGAAUCUCCUCUUCUGGCUCCGAGGGUCGUUAUUGCUCUCAUCUGCCGAAAUUCGGCCCACUCCCUGCCUUAUUUCCUCGGAACCAUUGAGCGCUUGAAUUAUCCGAAGGACCGCAUUGCACUUUGGGUUGGGACCGAUCAUAAUGCAGACAACACGACGUAUAUGCUCAGAGACUGGCUCAUCAGCGUACAGAAGCUGUACCACUACGUCGAGUGGAGACCUAAAGAGGAGCCGAGGGCAUACAGUGAUGAGGAAGGACCCAAACACUGGACCAACCUCCGAUACGCUCACGUGAUGAAGCUUCGCCAGGCUGCGCUGGAAUCAGCUCGAGAAAUGUGGGCUGACUAUUUACUGCUGGUCGACUGUGACAAUCUCUUGAUCGACCAAGAUGUGCUGUGGAAGCUGAUUAAGGAGAAUAAGACCAUUGUUGCCCCGAUGCUGGAGUCUCGAGCAGCUUAUUCCAACUUCUGGUGUGGGAUGACCUCUCAGGGUUACUAUAAGCGCACGCCUGCGUACAUCCCCAUACGCAAGCGGGUGAGGAAAGGCUGCUUCGCCGUGCCCAUGGUUCACUCCACCUUCCUGCUGGAUCUGCGCAAAGAAGCGUCCAGACUCCUGGCAUUUCACCCUCCACAUGAGGACUACAGCUGGGCCUUCGAUGACAUCAUAGUGUUCGCCUUCUCAGCCCGAAUGGCAGAGGUGCAGAUGUUUGUGUGUAAUAAAGAGACGUAUGGGUUUUUGCCCGUUCCCCUGCGCUCCCACAAUACACUUCAGGACGAAACCGACAGCUUCCUUCACUCUGUCCUGGAGGUCAAUGUACGUAAUCCCCCUAUCAAGCCCUCCAGGUAUCUCCGCCCCUCCAUCAGACAGCCUGAUAAGAUUGGCUUUGAUGAGGUGUUUAUGAUAAACCUGCAGCGCCGGACCGAUCGGAGGGAGCGCAUGCUCAGAGCGCUCCGUCUGCAGGGGAUCGAUUGCAAGAUUGUGCCUGCUGUUGAUGGCAAAGCCAUGAAUGUAAGCGAGAUCCACAGCAUGGGGAUCCACAUGCUGCCAGGCUACAGCGACCCCUACCACGGCCGUCCUCUAACAAAAGGAGAGCUGGGCUGCUUCCUCUCUCAUUACAACAUCUGGAAAGAGAUUGUCGAGCGUGGCCUAAAGACUUCCCUGGUGAUUGAAGACGAUCUGCGAUUCGAGAUUUUCUUCAGACGGCGCCUGAAGAACCUGAUGAGCGAGGUGGAGAGUGAGGGGCUCGACUGGGACCUGAUCUACAUUGGGAGAAAGAGGAUGCAGGUGGACCAUCCGGAGAAAGCUGUGCCAAAUAUACACAACCUGGUGGAGGCGGACUAUUCUUAUUGGACGCUGGGCUACAUGAUGUCAUUACAAGGAGCCAAAAAGCUGCUGAAGGCAGAACCGCUGAGCAAGAUGAUGCCUGUAGACGAAUUUCUUCCUGUCAUGUUCAAUAAACAUCCUGUCUCGGACUAUAUGGAGCAGUUUGAGACCCGAGACCUGAAGGCGUUCUCAGCUGAACCUCUGCUCAUCUUCCCCACUCACUACACGGGUGAGCCGGGCUACGUCAGCGACACGGAGACGUCCACCGUGUGGGACAACGACAGCGUGCGCACAGACUGGGAUAGAAAACGUUCCCGGAAGACUCACGAGGAGGGUGAGAUCAGCCCGGAGGCUCAGAACUCAGACGUGCUGCAGUCUCCUCUGGACAGCAUGGCGAGGGACGAGCUCUGAGCCACGCUACUCCUACAGAGAGGGAGGAAAUUCUUCAGUGUGUCACAUUUUUGUAACAUUAUCACACUGUUUGUGCCUUUUGACUGACCAAAGAAAGACUUUUUACAAGUGUUGGGUUCAAGGUUGUUUUUUUUUUUUUUGUUUGUUUUUUUUGUUUUUUUUAAUCCCCUAAUUCUAAACCUCUGUGUCUUUAGUCGUUCUACACGAUCAUGUGACCGUGUGAUUAAGCACUCUCUUUAUUUCGACUGAUGCUUUUCUUGCCUGCUGUAGUCCACUCAUUUCAGUUUUAAGGCUGAAGACUGACCAGAGUCGUAGAUUUGGUUCAUCCGUUGCUGUUAGGUUCUAUUAAUACUAAUUAGUGAUGAUUAUAAUUUUUAGUGCAUGAUAAAAUCUGUUUUUUUUAAUACUAUAUUGUCCAUCUAUGCAUCCACAGGCAGAAAGCAUUUUUGUGGUAUAACAUUUUAUUUCAUCAUGAAAACUCCUGAGUUUUCCAUCAUGAAUCCUGAGAAGAGGCGGUUGCAUGUGCUCUUGGUGUUUUCAGGUAAAAUGAGCCAAAAGAACAAAAGAAGUGAAAAACAAACUGUAUUCAAAACCGUCACAUUAAGUCACAGUGUUCUGUAUUUGAUAUGCCUUAAAAAUGUAAUUGAAAUAACACUCCAAAUCAAUACUAAA